AUGUUUCAAAUUCGAGUCGAUGGGGAAGAAGAGGAAAACGUAGUAAUUGUUUGCGUACUCAUGCAAUUUAAGUCACAAGAACGAGCGGAUCAAACUUUUCACGACCAUAAUGGUAAAUAUUUCAACUCAAUUGAGCAGGAACGAUGUAAGAUUGUGUUUGUGAGAAGCAUUGAGUUUCAAUCCCGGUGUCCUCGGUUGGAGAGAAGAAUCAACAGGGAACAAAUGCGGAAAUUAUUUCCCCACCACCACCUGCAGGAAUGA